AUGCCACGCUCAUCCGUGCUCUUCCCGCUGCUGCUUUUGCUGCUGCCGCCGCUGGCCCCAGGCCUCGGGCUACUCCGCGCGGGCGGCCGGCGCCCCGAGUGCGGUCCGUGUCGGCCAGAGCGCUGUCCAGCGCUCGUGCGCUGCCCGGCGCCAGGGAUUCCGGCGCGUGAUGAGUGCGGCUGCUGCCCGCGCUGCCUGGGCUCCGAGGGCGCGAGUUGCGGGGGGCGAGCUGGCGCGCGCUGUGGCCCCGAGCUGGUGUGCGCUAGCCGCGCCGCGGGGGCGGCGCCCGAGGGCACCGGGCUCUGCGUGUGCGCGCAGCGCGGCGCGGUCUGCGGCUCCGACGGCCGCUCUUACCCCAGCAUCUGUGCACUGCGCCUGCGCGCCCGGCACGCGCCCCACGGGCACCCAGGCCACCUGCACAAGGCAUACGACGGCCCCUGCGAAUUUGCUCCUGUGGUCAUCAUUCCACCCCGAAGCGUUCACAACGUCACUGGGGCACAGGUGUACCUGUCCUGUGAGGUGAGGGCUGCGCCGCCCCCCGUCAUCACGUGGAGGAAGGUCACACAGUCUCCUGAGGGCACCCAGGUGCUGGAGGACCUGCCCGGUGACCAUGUCAAUGUAGCUGUCCAGGUGCGAGGGGGCCCUUCUGACCACGAGGCCACAGCCUGGAUCUUGAUCAACCCUCUGAGAAAGGAAGAUGAGGGAGUGUACCAGUGCCAUUCGGCCAACGCGGUUGGGGAGGCCAAGUCUCAUGGCACAGUGACAGUUAGUGACCUGAGGAUAUACAAGGCCUUUCACUUCCCAGCUCCAGACGACCGCAUGUGA